AUGAUUCUCAUGGUCAACAUGCUUGGUUUCUUUCUUGGUCACUAUCCAGAGAACUUCGCAUUGAGCGACAGUCAGAGGACACUCAUAUUACAGACUAUGGCCUUCUUCAUCUGGCUAGGUGGCGGCGCAGCAAUCUUUGCGAAGCUUGAGCAAGAUGCUGGCGAAGAUAGUUGGAGGUUCGCCGACGCUCUUUACUUUUGCGACGCAACUAUUCUAACUGUUGGAUUCGGCGACCUGGUACCCACGACCGACGUCACCAGGGGUAUUGUAUUUCCGUACUCUGUGGGCGGUACAAUAACGCUAGCUCUCAUCGUCUCAUCGCUUUACACAGCGGUGCGCGAGCUUGGGGACGAGAAAAUUGUCCAGAAGCAUGUUGAUCGCAUGCGCGAGCGUGUCGCAGAACGUACAGUUACCAAUUCGUUUGAUCUUCGACAUCGUGAGCGCGAAGCUCACCACCUGAUCCGGAAACGUAAACUUGGCUUUCCACGGAUAUCAGCACCCACUGAGCCACGGCCUCUCAGGACGCUUGUAGGCGAAUCAGUUCAGCAUACAUCAACUAUUCCCCGUGUCGCUCAUGCUUUUGGUAUAGCCUCCUCUAAACCGAAGAUUAUGCUGUUGAAAGAAGAGAAGGAUCGUUUUGAGGCUAUGCGCAAAAUCCAGGCCGAUUCACAGAAGUUCAAGCGUUGGAUGGCAUUAUUCUGGUCCGUCACUACAUUUUCAAUUCUCUGGUGUGUUGGCGCGGUCGUCUUCUGGGUGACCGAAGAGGAAACGCUGAACUUGACGUACUUCCAGUCACUCUAUUUCUGCUAUGUCAGUCUGUUGACUAUUGGUUAUGGAGACUUGGCACCGAGAUCCAAUUCUGGGCGCUGCUUCUUCGUCAUCUGGAGCUUGAUAGCCGUGCCGACCAUGACCAUUUUGGUUUCGGAUCUAGGGGAUACGGUUGUUGCCAAUUUUAAGAGGUGGAGCGACGAGCUCGCUGACUUUACGGUACUACCUAAAGCAGGUAUCUGGCGUUCUUUCCUGAACAAGCAUCCCUGGCUACUGCGGUGGCUGCAGCAGUGGACAGAGUACCGAGCGAGAAAGAAGAGGCUGAUCAGGGGCUUCAGCAUCGCAGAUCCAAGAUCAGAGGACAGUUCUGCAACCUCCUCUGACCUCCAGAACCGAGAAGACAUCCUGAAUGACCCCGAACAUCGCGAAGAAGCUACCGACUUGGAAUUGACUCGCCACCCUACUGUUCUUGCUCUCGCCAAUGAAGCCGAGACUGACAUCACAAACCCCCCCACCCGGGCCUCUCUUACUCGUCGUCUCGCCCUUUCCAUCCACAAAGUUUCUCUCGAUCUGAAAACCGAUAAAAAACGCUAUACGUAUGAGGAGUGGGUUGAGUUCACGCGACUUAUUCGCUUGACCAGUCCAGAGCGCCUGGACCGUGAUCUUGGAAGCGGUGCAACGACGUUUGAUGAAGAAAACGAAGAAGGCCUAGUCAACUGGGAUUGGAUUGGAGAUGAUAGUCCCAUGGUAUCUGGGAUCAGUGAAAGUGAGUGGCUCAUGAAACGAUUGAUCGAGAGUUUGGUAAGGUUAGAGAGGAGGAAGGAGGUUGCGAGGGGAAACUCCAACAUAGAAGCUAUAAGGGAGAUGGAAACAGAGUAUUGUGGUAGAGAUGAACUGGACGAGCUGCAAAGCUAG